AUGUCAGAGCGCAAGGUCUUGAGUAAAUACUAUCCCCCAGACUUCGAUCCCUCAGCCAUCGAACGGCGGCGCAAACCGAAGCAGACCGGCCCAAAGCGACAAGAUGUGCGCCUUAUGGCUCCUUUCAGCAUGCGCUGCAACAGUUGUGGCGAAUACAUCUACAAAGGGCGCAAGUUCAACGCCCAAAAAGAGACCACCGAUGAAAAGUACUACUCGAUCACGAUCUUCCGCUUUUACAUCAAGUGCACGCGAUGCAGCGCGCAGAUCACUUUCAAAACCGAUCCAAAGCACCAAGACUAUGAGUGCGAGAAAGGCGCUAGACGUAACUUUGAGCCAUGGCGUGAGGCGAAGCUUGCCGAGGAGACCGAGGAGGAGAGGCUGGAUCGGCUAGAGCGGGAGGAGGCCGAGAGAGAUGCGAUGAAGGAGCUGGAAAAGAAGACCGAGGAUGCAAAGACUGAGAUGGCGAUUGCAGACGCACUAGAUGAUGUGCGAAGGCGAAACGCUAUGCGAGAGCGUGCGGAUGUAGACGGCGCGAUCUCUAGCGUCUCGGUGCCGACAAAGGAUGACGAGGCGGAAAGGGUGGAAAGAGAGAUUGAGGAGCAAGCUAGGCUUGCGUUUCAGAGUGGCACCGGCGAGAAGGUACGGAGGCUCGACGAGGAGAUAGAGAUGCCGGACGAUGAUGAUGCUGUGCCGCGCGUAGACAGUACACGCACCUCGGAGGAGCAAGCUAUGCCGCCUCCAUCUGCGUUUGAGCGCAAAGGCAGGAAGGAGAAGAAAGGGCCUCUGAUUGCGGGCAUCAAGAAGAAGGCACAAGAGCCUGUGCUUGGUUUGGCUGGCUAUGGCUCAGACGAUGAUUGA